AGGGGAAAAAAAACCUCCAAGUCAAGCCCCGCCCCCAAAACCCGUCCCGCCCGCUGCGGUGACGUCACGCGCUCCGCUGCUCAGUGCGACGUGUCCCUCGGCCGGCGGCAAUCAUGGAUCAGGUAAUGCAAUUUGUGGAACCCAGCCGUCAGUUUGUAAAAGAUUCCAUACGACUUGUUAAGAGAUGCACCAAGCCUGACAGGAAAGAGUUCCAGAAGAUUGCCAUGGCAACAGCAAUAGGCUUUGCGAUAAUGGGAUUUAUUGGUUUCUUUGUCAAAUUGAUCCAUAUCCCAAUCAACAAUAUAAUUGUAGGUGGCUGAAUAUUCAUCAUGAAGAAGACAGUUGUGACACCUGCUGCAAUGAUUUCACAGCUUUAAUUUGUUUGAUAUUAAACAAGCUCAGUUUGCGUUUUCAAA